UUUUUUUUCCGAUCAUUCACUGACUGAAGGAAGGAUGGCAUAUUCGACUCUAAAUAUUAACCGAGGGCGAAGCCUCAAACAUUCGACGAAGCUCAACUCCGAAUGAUGGGGAUAUAAGAGUCAUUUCAUCCUCUCUAAAGCGCAUUGGACCUUCAAACUUGAAAUCUCUUCCCCAGCCAGCGCAUCCUUCGAUUAUUUUGCCGUUUCUACCUUCUCCUGUGCUCUUCCAUACUCUCUCUUCUUCAACCCUGCCAAGCGCGUGUUCUCCACGCUUCUCAACGGUCGGUCAUUCUGCCUGCACUCUUGUCCAUUCUCGAUCCCUCUCUUCUCGUCUUUAUCUUCUUCUUUACCGGGCAUAGUAUUAUCGUCCUUUUCUUCCUCUAGGGUUUUUGACCUCUCGCUAAAACCCUUGCCAGGGUUUUGGAUGUUUUGAUUGAUUACUCUUACUUUUUGCGAUUUCUUUGCUACUCCACUUUUUUUAAUAUGCAAUUUGACCACAAUAACCACAAUGCUUGAGAAGACGAAGGAACACGGCAGGGGGUUUAUCAGUGAAGAAGAUAUCUCCAGUCUUUUACAGAGGUACAGCGCGACUGAAGUGCUGGCCUUGUUGCAGGAAGUAGCCCAGUAUUCAGAUGCGAAGCUCGACUGGGAUGCACUGGUGCAGAAGACGACUACUGGGAUUUCUAAUGCGAGGGAGUAUCAGAUGCUAUGGAGGCAUUUGGCAUAUCGAGACUCCUUGACUGAAACGCAAGAUGGAGCGCUACCCUUGGAUGAUGAUAGUGACUUAGAGUAUGAAUUGGAAGCUUUUCCUCAUGUUAGCACUGAAGCUUCAUCAGAGGCUGCAGCAUGUGUAAAAGUACUUAUUGCUUCUGGCUUACCAUGUGACUGCAAUCUACCUAACAGCUCUACUGUUGAGGCUCCACUGACCAUAAAUAUACCUAAUGACCCAUCGUUUAGGAGCACUUCUGAACAUUCUCAAACUUCCAGAUCAAUGAGAGGGGUAAACAUUACUGUUCCAGUAUCUGUUCAAAAGCAACCAUUACCCGCAACAACAGCUAAUGAAGGACUGGAUGCAAAUGGGUCAGUUAGUGGCACUGGCAGCUUACCACCUCGAAGAAAAAGAAAACCUUGGUCAGAAGCAGAGGAUUUGGAACUGAUUGCUGCUGUGGAGAAAUGUGGUGAAGGGAAUUGGGCUAACAUAUUAAAAGGAGACUUCAAGUCAGAUAGAACUGCUUCACAGCUAUCUCAGAGAUGGGCCAUUAUUAGGAAAAGACGCAACAACUUGAAUGCGGGAGCUAACCAUGCUGGUGCACACCGAACAGAGUCACAGUUGGCAGCUACUCAUGCAGCUAAUCAUGCAAUGUCCUUGGCCCUUGCUGGUCCACCAGCUAAAAAUCUGACAGCAGGUUUGAGUUGUCCGGUUGGGACAGCGUCAAGCGUUGCAUCUCGAAACUCUGCUCAACCCACUUCUAUUGCUAAAGCUCAAAUAGUUGACAGCAACACUUUACAAGCCCAAGAUCAACCUCCACAUGGUACCAUCCCAACAAAACCAUCUCUAGUCAGACCAUCAAAUGCUGCAUCAAAACCUCGGAUAUCUGCAAAGAAGACAUUGGUGAAUCCUAAUCCUUGUUCAGAUUCAGCUGCACCAACUGCUACUCUUGCUACAGGGAUGAAGAUUGCUCGACCUUCAGAUGCUGCUUCGCUACUCAAGCCUGCCCCAGGAAAAAAUAUUAUCCAUAUCAAAUCCUCAGGCGGGUUGUCUGUUAAAUCAUCCUUACCUACUAACACUUCCACACACAUGAAGGCUUUUCCCAAAAUUCCAACUGGUGUUGGGGCUGAACGGUUCUCGGGUAAUCCCUCUGUCCCUUCUAGCUCAGUUGUAGCUGUCUCGCUAAAGCCACAGCAUGCUUCAUCAAUGUCUGCUUUAACAUCAAACAAGUCAAAUGCUCUGACAUCCUAUCCUGAUCCUGUACUUCACUCUAAGCAACAGGUUAAGCCUGUUGGUGAGACCAAAGUUUCAAAACCAGAUGAGAAGCCAGAAGAGCAAGUCCAAGGAGGUCAACCAUUUAUAGAAGAGAAAGAACAAACUGAGAAAAUUCUGGAAGAUAAAGUAGAAGAGAACGAACAAACUAGGAAAAUUCGGGAAGAUAAAGCAGAUACGAGAAACCAAGAAACAGAAUUAGAAAAACAAGCUACUGUUGCCAAGGAUCCAAAUCCUAGUACUUCAAAUAUGGAGGUAGUUCAAACUGACCAACUGGGAUGUCAUCAGCCACUGUGCUGAAGAGAAUCCCAAAUGCAAAUAAUGGUCAAGUGAUGGAUUCAUCAAUUGAUAGAAGGGAAAAGCAUUCUGAAGUUAAAGAGAGUGGUGAGAAUGUGAAUGUAAAUAAGCAGUCGAGUUUAUCAACCGUAACUAAUGAAUGCACUGAGAAUCCAGAGCUUAGGAGCAAAUUAGAGGCUGGAAAUGGGAUUUAGCGGGAAAAAAUCUUGUGAAAAUUCAUGAACUUCUAUUGAUCUGGGUUUAGUUUUGUUUUAGGAAAAUCUGUUUUGUAGAUUAAUUUGUCGAAGGAUCUCUUGGGCAAAAUGGUUAAAUGUUUAUCCU